AUGGCAGCCCCCCAAGAGCUGCAGCGUGACGCCAAAUACGACGACUACGAUUAUCCUACGGUUGCUCCCACCGCCCAGAACGGACAUCCCGGCCACACGACGCCCGAGCAAGAUGCCCAGGUCUUUCAGCUGCGGAGUUCGCUUGAGCAGGCUGGCUUUACCAAGAACCUCGACACCCUGACGCUGCUACGAUUCCUCCGCGCUCGCAAGUUCAAUGUCGAACUCUCCAAGAAGAUGUUCAUCGACAGCGAAAAGUGGCGGGCAGAGUACGCUGGUGUUGGCGUCGAGGAGCUGGUGCGCACCUUUGACUACAAGGAGCGGCCCCAGGUAUUUGAAUACUACCCGCAGUAUUACCACAAGACGGACAAAGAUGGCCGCCCAGUCUACAUCGAGCAGCUCGGCAAAGUCGACCUCACCGCGCUCGGCAAAAUCACCUCCCAAGAACGCAUGAUCCAGAACCUCGUCUGCGAAUACGAGAAGAUGUCCGACCCACGUCUGCCUGCCUGCUCUCGCAAAUCCGGCUACCUCCUCGAGACAUCAUGCACCAUCAUGGACUUGAAGGGCGUCGGGAUUGCCAAGGCAACCUCCGUCUACGGCUACCUGCAAUCCGUGUCUGCAAUCAGCCAGAACUAUUACCCCGAACGCCUGGGCAAGAUGUACAUUAUCAAUGCACCCUGGGGCUUCUCUGGCGUCUUCAGCGUCGUCAAGAAGUUCCUUGAUCCCGUUACAAGUGCCAAAAUCCACGUCCUGGGCAGCGGAUAUGAGAAGGAGUUGCUGGCUCAAGUCCCCGCAGAGAAUCUGCCCAAGGAGUUCGGUGGAAAGUGCCAGUGUGAGAAGACGUGCCAACUGAGCGAUGCUGGGCCAUGGUGGGAUCCGCAGUGGGCGAAGGAACCCAAGUGGGCCAAGAAGAGCGGUGGCGAUGCCAUCGAUAACACCCAACUACCCCCUCCAACGCAUGAAGGCGGUGUGCCAGCUGCGCCUGUGGGCACUGAUCCUGCUGUCGCCGCCCCGGGUGCCGUCCCGCAGCCGCAGGUCUAG